CUAUCAAUUCGCCUCUCUCUUUCCUCUCUCUCAUCAUAUUUGACUUGUACUUGGGCGGACGCGACCGCAACUUUAAUUUUAUUUUCUCUUUCCUCCUCUUCGGACAAUAAAAAGUUAAAUAAAAAACAAAAACAAAAAAACAUUCUCUCUCUUCAUCUCUUCUUCCCCUUUUCCCAUUCACCGGAGCUUUGUUACCGCCGGCUAAAAUUCUCCGCUGCACUUUCUCUCCUCAAAUUCCCCAUAUAUCGGUUGAAGAGAUUGAUAGAGGGAGGUAUUUCAAAGUUGCCUCGGAAUUUGUGUCUGCGAAAGCAAGAUUGAUCUGCUGUGGGAAGUGUAGUAAAGGUUGAAAUUGAGAAGGGUUUUUGGGGAAGCUGGAAUUAGAUCUAGGGUUUUGAAAAUUGAAUUUCAGGAGAGUAAAAUUAGUAGAGUUUUUGUGGGUGGAAUUUGGUCAAGGUGGAGAAGUAGUUGUUGAAUUAAUGGUGGUAGUAUAGAAAGAGGAUGAAAGGCAGUGAUGUCAGAGAUCGGAGAGGGAGGCGAUUAACUGAAUUCCUCACAUGGAAUGGCAGAUCUUGUUAGUUAUGGUAAUGCCGAUCGUGACAUUGAGCAGGCAUUGGUUGCUUUAAAGAAGGGUUCCCAGCUACUUAAAUAUGGUCGUAAGGGCAAGCCGAAAUUUUGCCCGUUUAGACUUUCUAGUGAUGAAACAACAUUGAUUUGGUUGUCUAGUGGCGGCGAGAAAAGUAUAAAGCUAUCUUGUGUAACAAGAAUUAUUCCUGGACAGAGAACUGCUGUUUUUAGGAGGUAUUUGCGUCCAGACAAGGAUUAUUUGUCAUUUUCCCUUGUAUACAACAACGGAAAACGAUCUCUUGAUCUGAUCUGCAAGGAGAAAGUUGAGGCUGAGGUGUGGAUUGCUGGUCUCACAGCACUCAUAGCCGCUGGGAAAGGUGGGCGCUCAAAAAUUGACGGAUGGAAUGAGGAAGGCCUUUCCUUUCAUGAUAACAAAGAUCUGAUCUCAAGUAGUCCAACUGACAGUUCUCUUCCCCUGACAAGAUAUCUUAGCUCACCUGAAGAUUCUCUUAGUUUUCAUGGUGGUUUAUCUCCUAAACAUAACCAGUUUGGCAACUUUAUGUCUUCUGAGAAAUCACAUGCAGCUUCAGAGAAUAUAAAUAUGCAAGCAAAAGGAUCUGCUUCAGAUAUUUUUCGGGUUAGUGUUUCUAGUGCACCUAGCACUUCUAGUCAUGGAUCUGCAGGUGAUGAUUGUGACGCUCUUGGUGAUGUGUACAUUUGGGGUGAAGUCAUAUGUGAGAGUUCUUCCAAGGCCGGAGGUGAUAAAACUUUUAUUAGCACAAGAGCAGAUCUUCUUCUUCCAAAGCCAUUGGAGUCUAAUGUUGUUUUGGAUGUACACCUCAUAGCUUGUGGUGUUCGGCAUGCUGCUCUUGUUACAAGGCAAGGUGAAGUUUUCACCUGGGGUGAGGAGUCUGGAGGUAGGCUGGGUCAUGGUGUGGGGAAGGAUGUUCUUCAACCCCGUUUAGUUGAGUCUUUAAUUGCUUACAAUGUUGAUUUUGUUGCAUGUGGUGAAUUUCAUAGUUGUGCUGUAACAAUGUCUGGUGAGUUGUACACAUGGGGUGAUGGCACUCAUAAUGCAGGGCUUCUUGGUCAUGGCAAUGAAGUUAGUCAUUGGAUACCAAAGAGAAUUGCUGGACCUCUUGAAGGACUACAAGUGGCUUCUGUAACUUGUGGCCCAUGGCAUACUGCUUUAAUAACAUCUACUGGGCAGCUCUUCACAUUUGGUGAUGGAACAUUUGGUGUCUUGGGCCAUGGAGACCGGGAAAACAUUUCUUAUCCAAGAGAGGUGGAUUCUCUUUCUGGUUUGAGGACAGUUGCUGUUGCAUGUGGGGUCUGGCAUACUGCAGCCGUUGUUGAAGUUAUUGUAACUCAAUCCAGUUCUAGCAUUUCAUCAGGAAAAUUGUUCACUUGGGGGGACGGAGAUAAAAAUCGUCUUGGUCAAGGUGACAAAGAGCCCCGGCUGAAACCAACUUGUGUGCCGUCACUUAUUGAACACAACUUUCAUAAAGUUGCUUGUGGGCAUAGUUUAACUGUUGGACUGACCACAUUGGGUAAUGUUUUUACGAUGGGGAGUACUGUUUACGGACAGCUUGGAAAUCCUUUUUCUGAUGGGAAACUACCUUGCUUGGUGGAAGAUAGGCUUGGUGGUGAAACAGUUGAAGAGAUUGCCUGUGGUGCAUAUCACGUGUCAGUGUUAACGUCCAGGAAUGAAGUUUAUACAUGGGGGAAGGGAGCAAAUGGGAGGUUAGGCCACGGGGAUAUAGAGGACCGAAAAACACCGACGUUGGUUGAGGCCUUAAAGGAUAGACAUGUGAAAUAUAUCACUUGUGGUUCAACUUACACAACAGCUAUAUGUCUUCACAAAUGGGUAUCUGGUGCUGAGCAAUCUCAGUGUUCCUCUUGUAGGCAGGCUUUUGGAUUUACCAGAAAAAGGCAUAACUGCUACAAUUGUGGACUUGUACACUGUCAUUCAUGUAGUUCAAAGAAGGCAUAUAGGGCUGCUCUGGCUCCAAAUCCUAGCAAACCUUAUCGUGUAUGUGAUUCUUGUUUUACCAAACUGAGUAAAGUUUUAGAAGGUGGGAGCAAUAGAGGAAAAAGUUCAGGGCCUCGGCUCUCAGGUGAAAACAAAGAUAAAUUAGAUAAAGCAGAAUUAAGACUGUCAAAGUCGAUGCUACCUUCUAAUUUGGAUUUAAUCAAGCAGUUAGAUACUAAAGCUGCCAAGCAGGGAAAGAAGGCUGAGACAUUCUCACUGAUACAGGCUUCUCAAACACCUUUGUUACAGCUGAAAGACGUCGUUUUAUCUGGUAGUGUUGAUGUAAAGCAAACAAUACCGAGGCCAGUUACUACGACUACUUCCAUUUCCAGACCUGUAUCACCUUUCUCACGUAAGCCAAGUCCUCCACGUUCAGCAACUCCAGUUCCUACGACUUCUGGCUUGUCUUUCUCUAAAAGUAUUGCUGACAGUUUAAAGAAGACUAAUGAACUCCUAAACCAAGAAGUAAUUAAAUUGCGUGCUCAGGUCGAGAGCUUGCAGCAGCGAUGUGAACUUCAAGAGUUAGAGCUUCAAAAAUCAGCAAAGAAAACUAAAGAAGCUAUGGCGCUUGCUGCAGAUGAUUCUGCAAAGACUAAAGCUGCCAAGGAAGUAAUAAAGUCUCUUACUGCACAGCUCAAAGAUAUGGCUGAGAGGUUGCCACCAGGGGCAUAUGAUCUAGAAAACAUAAAGAUGCCACAACUACCAAAUGGUUUUGAACCAAACGGUAUUCAUUCUACUGAUACAAAUGGAGAGCAUGCUUUGAGACCCGAUCAUGGAAAUGGUUCAAUCAGUGCAUUGUUAGCUGGAGUUGAUUCUUCCACAACAAACGGAACACAAGGAACUCUACAAUCACCUAGGGAUUCAUAUAUGCUCAAUGAAAACAGUUAUCAGCUGAAUGAAGGUUUUGCAGCCUUGAAGGUUGGAGAGGAUCGUCUACAUGCCAAACUGUCAACUGCUGCUGGAGGUCUCCUGACAUGCAGCAGUAGUGUUUCUGAUGCCUCUGAUGCUCGAAUUUCGGCAUCUGAUUCUCGAAUUUCGGCAUCUGAUUCUCGAAUUUCGGCAUCUGAUUCUCGAAUUUCAGCAUCUGAUGCCAGGAUUUCGGCAUCAUCACAAGAUGGGCUUAACAGUAUUAGGUCAAAGAGUCCAGUUCCAUCAGUAGGUAAUAAUAAUAGUCAAGUUGAAGCAGAGUGGAUUGAACAGUACGAACCUGGUGUUUAUAUCACUCUGGUUGCUCUUCGAGAUGGAAGUAGAGAUCUCAAACGAGUGCGCUUCAGCCGAAGAAGAUUCGGGGAGCACCAGGCGGAAACAUGGUGGUCGGAGAAUCGUGAAAAAGUAUAUGAAAGAUACAAUGUUCGCGGGUCUGACAAGUCAUCUGUCUCUGGGCAAACGGCGAGAAGGUCAGACGGAGCCAUGUCUCCUGCAUCCUCUUACAAUUAGCAGAUGACAGUAGGUAGGUAGUAGUGACCCUGUAAUUAUUGGGAAGGAAGGUUUCUUGCAAAGAAUUGACAGAGAAAAUCACAUUCUCCCGACUCCCCCUCCUUUAGAAUAUUGGGUGUUUUUACACUUCAUUUUAGGCGUUUAUAGGGGGGUUAAGCUACACCUUUUGACCCGUUCAUUGUCAUACUAGUGUAUAUAAAAAAUUAUUCAUUGCGAGAAAUAUGGGUGGGAUGUAAGGUUGUAGUUAGUUUAAUGCUAUGUAUUUGUUUACCUCAUCAUCCCUUAUUAUUCUCCUCUCGUUUCGGAGAUUGUUUUCACGAA